AUGGAAGAUUUUGAUCAAGUAUCAAUGAACUUUCGACAGUUUUUGGAACAACAAAGAACAACAAACAUUUUGAGCAAAUGUACCAAUUUAUGUACACAAUAUCCCAGUUUCUUUAAACUUUCUAAUGGUGCGCUGACUAUGUCUAAUUCAUCUAUUAAAUGGCCCACCGUCAUACAUAGUGGUUUUAGUUCAGAAAGUAUUAGACAAGCAACGAAGUAUAUUGAUAUACCUGAAUACAAAGUUUUUUGUCAACUUAUCUCGUACAAUAUGCCAAUAUAUUCAACAAAUCAACCAUUGUACGAUGUUUUUAAAAGUAAAGCAUUAUUAACACCCAGAGAACUACAUCCUAUAGAACUACAAAUAUUCAAUAUUCAUUCAUUAUCAAAUGAAUUACCUAAAUUUGUUAAAUAA